ACACAUGGCUGAAGCGCUGUGCGCAAUAUCGGCGACGCGGGCAACGGAGGAGGCAGUUAGUGAUAGUGUCUCGUCUCGGCCACAUGUUUGUGAAAUAACCGGGCUUUGUCGGCGUGUCACCAAUUUAUAAAUAACUCUAGUCGCGAGUCACCAAGUGCCGUUGGGUGUUCAGUGCAUCUUCCUGAGUUCUAAUCAAAUAACCUGAACAAUAUUGAAGUGUAAUAAGGAUUAUUGGAGAUGGAAUCUACGGAGAUGGAUGACACCUUCGGCGUCAACAAACGAAUCCAGCGGUCACCUAUGGACGAUCACGAUGUUCAGGACAUGAAGAGGAAAACAAGUAUCUUCAAGUAUUAUUCCUUCAAGUCCACAGACACGUUGCCUGGCGCCCUAAAAAGAGGGGGACCACUAAUUGGAGUUCUCGAUGUCGGCACUAGGACCAUCCGCUUUGUGGUGUUCAAUGCAAAACGUAUUGCUGAGGUUGCGCAUCACUCUAUUGAUAUUGAGUUGCUAAAUCCACAAGAGGGGUGGGCUGAGCAGGAUCCCAAGGAGAUCCUGUUUGCUGUCAAAGCUUGUAUUAAGGAUGUAAUCAAACAGUUGGAAAGACUUGGCCUCAGUGUCAGUGAGAUCGUUUCUAUUGGUAUCACUAAUGCGAGAGAGACGACGAUAGCCUGGGAUUCCAUUACUGGCGAGGCUCUUCAUAAUACGAUCGUUUGGUCUGAUAUUCGUGCAGAUUCUAUGGUAGAUCAGAUAAUUGCUAAGUUUCCCGAUCAGAGUAAAAAUCAUUUAAAACCGUUGUGUGGUCUGCCAGUCAGUCCAUAUUUCUCAGCAUUGAAGAUAAGAUGGCUGAAACACAAUGUGCCAGCUGUAAAAAAAGCGAUGCGGGACAAAAGAUGCAAAGUGGGGACUAUGGAUACUUGGAUUAUAUGGAACUUGACUGGCGGAAAAGAUAAUGGUCUUUACAUAACAGACGUGACGAACGCUUCACGAACAAUGUUGAUGAACAUCGAGACGCUUGCAUGGGAUCCAACACUAUGUAGAUACUUUGAUAUUUCCAUGAAACUAUUGCCGGAAAUUCGAAGUAGUUCGGAAGUAUACGGACGAAUAACAGUGGGUCCUCUCGAAGGUAUUCCAAUCUCCGGAAUUCUAGGUAAUCAGCAAGCGGCUCUAGUCGGUCAGAACUGCCUCAAGAAAGGUCAAGCAAAGAACACUUACAGAAAUGGAUGCUUCCUCUUAUUAAACACUGGAACAACACGUGUUCAUUCCUCUCACGGUUUGAUAACAACAGUGGCAUACAAAAUGGGGCCUAACAGUCCUGCAGUGUAUGCCUUGGAAGGCUCCGUGGCUGUUGCUGGAGCGGCCAUAAAGUGGUUACGUGAUAAUCUCAAGCUCAUCAAAGACGUCAAUGAGAGUGAGGACUUAGCACAGAGCGUUUUCAGUACUGGCGAUGUUUACUUUGUCCCAGCUUUUAACGGCUUGUAUGCACCGUAUUGGAGAAAAGAUGCUAGAGGAAUUAUUUGCGGUCUGACAGCAUUUACGACUAAGCAGCACAUAAUCCGAGCCUCGUUAGAAGCUGUCUGUUUCCAAACAAGAGAUAUUUUGGAAGCAAUGAAUAAAGACUGUGGCUUUCCGUUAACAAAACUUCAUGCCGAUGGAAAAAUGUCAACAAAUAAUUUACUCAUGCAGCUCCAAGCUGAUUUAUGCGGUAUACCUGUGUUUCGAUCAAAAAUGCCAGAUAUAACUGCGCUAGGAGCUGCUGUAGCCGCCGGGCAAGCAGAAGGUAUUGAAGUGUGGGAUCUAGAAGGGGAAGAAGUGGAAACUGUACCUUCGGACACAUUUUUACCAACGACUACGCCUGAAGAGCGAGACUCACGAUACAAAAAAUGGAAAAUGGCUGUGCAGAGAAGUUUAGGAUGGGCGGCUGUGAAAAUGUCCGAUCAAAUGACAGAUGAGAGAUACAGAAUAUUGGCAUCUAUUCCAGCCAGUUGGUUCAUCAUGUCGACUUUCAUUCUCCUACGAUUAAGUUACUACUUCGAAAACCGGUGACAAUAUUCACUGCAAUUGUCCCACAGCUAAAUUGUUGAGCAGAAUCUAGGUGAAUUCAAUGAGGAUUAAAGAUUUUUACUAGAUAGACGACAUUUAACACGCCCGUUCUUUUACGAGCCAGUGAUCUUUUUCAUUUAUUUUAGUCUCUUAAUAAAUUUUUGACGAAUUCAAUUUAUCAUUUUUUUUACAGAGACAAAGUGCGCUUUUUUUGCUUACAAUUUCGGUACUUAAGUAUUUAUUCGACUCUUGGACAUUGUGUAUUCAGUUCCUUGUCUUUUUGUAAAUUAAACUUCUCGUCUUUUUAUCAUUGUUAUAUUUUCGUCUAUUGCAUGAACUUGGCCUAUGCUCAAUUCUAAGAUUACCGUAUUUUUAGUUACAUAUUCAUGUCUGAGAUAAUUAUAGUAUUCAAGUGAAUUUUUACGCGGAUUUUAUACACCUCGCGCUUUCCAUUAUAGUUUUGAAUUUCUCUCUCCCGGUUAAUUGGUACAAAAAGAAUGGGAAUGUGGUACACUUGUUGAAAUAUUUAUUAUAGUGAAUUAACGUACAGAUUUACAACGAAGCUUUCAUUGAAUUUAUGCAUUCUUCUCUCCUCCGAAUUUUACUAUUGAAGCCUUGCUAAAUUUGUCGAAAUUAAUUAGAUCAUCGUACAAAGUGUAUUUUCCAGACGAGUAAUCAAUAAAACUGAUGAGUUAAUGACA